AUGUCUCUCAAGAACGACAAGUUCCCCGCCUCAGCCGCCUUCGACGCCAUCCAAGCGGCCAUCAACGCCAGUGAUGCCGAUCGCAAGGAUGCCAUCAAGCAGGGCAACGGCGUCUACGCCUUCACCCUCAAGAACGCGAGCGGCGAUGAGGCCAGCUGGCACAUCGACCUCAAGGAAACCGGCAAGGUCGGAACUGGCACCGGCGCAAAGCCUGAUGUCACACUCAUCCUCUCCGAGGAGAACUUUGGCAAGCUCGUCGCUGGCAAGGCCAACGCUCAGCGUCUCUUCAUGGGCGGCAAGCUCAAGAUUAAGGGCAACGUCAUGAAGGCGACCAAGCUUGACCCUGUGCUUAAGAAGGCCCAGGACAAGGCCAAGCUGUAG